UCUGCCAAUGAAAACAGUGUUGCAAUACACUAAACUAUUUACCGUAAUUUGUUGAUAUUUACUGGAUUUGGUCACACUACGGCAACAGAAUGUCCAACUUGCGGCGCCAGGUGCUCAGUGCCUUCAAAAAGCUCCAUCGGACGCGGCAGUACGUCUUCGAAGGCGAUGUCCAGGCUCUAACGGCAGGACGGGCUAAGAUUAACGAAUCGUUCUUGCAGAAUCGAAACGAAACCAACGAGGAUGAGAUCCAGAAGAUGAUUAAACUGGCCCAGGACGUGGAUCACGAGCUGCGUACGAAUGUGAUUCAAGCCAAGAAAAAGGAGGAGGGUGUCUACGAACUGCGCAUCACCCCGGAGACGACGCGGCUGGACAAUGUGGUCUUCAAUCCCGACGCAGUCAUCGAGAAACCUAGGCGGCGACGCGGCGAAAAGAGCACGGAAGGCUGCUGUGGAGGAGCUGCAAUGGCUGCUCUGGAGGCGGAGGUCGCGGCCCGCAAGAAGUAGUCUUACAUAAAUUUUUAGCUCUAGUCAAAAUCCUUGGUUCCAAUUAAAAACGUCGUUUAUUGUUA